AUACAGACUCCUGGAUAUGUGUCCUGAGUGUGCCUUUGCCUUGACCUCAAUCCUGACCCUUCCUAAACGGAUGAUUGAAGCUGCCAGCUCAGCUUGCUCCGUGCAGAUUAGCCAGUGUCGGGUGUGGGGAGGCCAACAGCUGCAGGCUGAGCACCUUCCUGAAUCACCUGAACAGUGGGGGCAGAGGAAGAAGGAAAUGGCAGGGAGGAUGGAGACACUAAAAGGCAAGACCUUGGAGGAGCUGGAGGAAAUGCAGAACGACCCGGAGGCCAUUGACCGGCUGGCCCUGGAGUCCCCUGAGGUCCAGGACCUGCAGCUGGAACGAGAGAUGGCUCUGGCCACCAACCGCAGCCUGGCUGAGCGGAACCUGGAGUUUCAAGGUCCCCUGGAGAUCAGCCGCUCAAACCUCUCGGACAAGUACCAGGAGCUGCGGAAGCUCGUGGAGCGGUGCCAGGAGCAGAAGGCGAAGCUGGAGAAGUUUGCUUCAGCACUGAAGCCAGAGACCUUGUUAGACCUUCUGCAGAUCGAAGGCAUGAAGAUUGAAGAAGAGUCUGAGGCCAUGGCCGAGAAGUUCCUGGAGGGCGAGGUGCCCUUGGAAACGUUUCUGGAGAACUUCUCCUCCAUGAGGAUGCUGUCUCACCUGCGCAGGGUGCGCGUGGAGAAGCUUCAGGAUGUGAUGAGGAAGCCCAGAGUUUCCCAGGAGCCGGCUGGUGACGCCCCUCCUCCGCGCCCCCCGCCCCCCGCCCGCCCGGCCCCCCCGGCGACACCCCCUGUGGCCGAAGAGCCGCCCCCGCCACCGGCGGCCGUGCCUCCCUACCCUUUGCCCUACAGCCCGUCUCCUGGCAUGCCUGUGGGCCCCACCGCCCAAGGCGCGCUCCAGCCGGCCCCCUUCCCCGUGGUGUCCCAGCCCUCCUUUUCCUACAGUGGGCCUCUGGGCCCCCCUUACCCGUCAGCCCAGCCGGGACCCCGGGCUGCCGCGGGCUACCCCUGGUCCCCACAAAGGAGCACGCCCCCCCGGCCAGGCUAUCCCGCGGCCCCCACUGCUGCCUCUGGCCCCGGAUACCCCUUGGCGGGGAGCCGGGCCCCCAGCCCUGGCUAUCCUCAACAGGCCCCUUACCUCUCGACUGGAGGAAAACCUCCUUACCCAACACAGCCCCAGCUCCCCAUCUUCCCAGGCCAGCCCCAGCCCUCAGGCGUCCCCCAGCCGCCCUACCCUCCCGGGCCUGCCCCUCCCUAUGGGUUUCCAGCACCUCAGGGGCCCUCCUGGCCCGGGUAUUAGACACAGUCCCGGCCCUCGGCCCUUCCCUACUUCUCCUUGUACCGCAACCUUUGGCCCGCCCACCACUGAGAUUCGAGGUUAAAUUGCAGGUGGACUUGG